GUUUUGCCAACCAGUCAACAUCGAUCCGUUCGCCCGCUUUGUUGCCACAAGUAAAGCUCCUCAAUCGUUUCAACACUGUUUGUUCGGUGUCUGUUCGCGUGUCAUAGUAAAAUCUACUUGGGUGUGUUAUUUUGGUGAAAAUCCAAUUGAUAAAAUUAAAAGAAUAUGUCGGUGCUACGCACGUUGACACUUCUCACAAUCGGCGCCACAAUUGCGUUGGCACAACGUCGCUUGGCUCUACCCGAUCCCAGAAGCUGCGCAAACCGUGUUCGUCAUUCCACGUAUCGAGAUGCUCGUGGUGUGGCUCAUUCAUACUUCUUCAGUUGGGAACAUGGGCCAACACGCAACUUAGAAGUCGAUUGGCUCGACGCUAGAAACAUUUGCCGCAGACAUUGUAUGGAUGCUGUUUCACUUGAAACGCCUCAAGAAAAUGAAUUCAUUAAACAAAGAUUGACACGAGGUAAUGUUCGUUACAUCUGGACAUCGGGUCGCAAAUGUAACUUUGCUGGUUGUGACCGAAGUGAUUUGCAACCACCAAAUGAAAAUGGAUGGUUCUGGUCUGGAUCAGGCGCUAAAAUCGGACCAACAUCUCAACGCAACACUGGCGACUGGAGCUACACUGGAGGAUAUGGCCAAGCUCAACCAGAUAAUCGUGAAGCUGCACAAGGUAACGAUGAAUCGUGUUUGUCGAUCUUGAACAACUUCUACAACGACGGAUUGAAAUGGCACGAUGUUGCCUGCCACCACUUAAAGCCGUUCGUGUGUGAAGAUUCCGAUGAAUUGUUGAACUUUGUGCGAUCACGUAAUGCAGGUAUUCGUUUGUAAAUGAGCUAUAUUGAGCACGUGUUCUGACGUGGUGGGCGUUGUCUGUCGAAUGAAAAAAAUCAUCUCACGCCGAUAAAACAUUGAAAGAAAAGUGUGAAGGGAAUUAAAUCGAUGCAUCAAAUCCAACAACCUGAAUUCAGAUGAAUGAGAAAGAAAAACACCAAAAAAAUCACUAACAAAACACGCACACAUUCAAGUUUCUACACGUGAAUUUAUAUUAUAUAUAAAUUGUUAUGUACACCUGGUAAAUUUGUCUCGUUUCUUUUUCGGAUUGCUUACAUACUAUCUGUCUGUUUGUUUUUACUUUACUUCAAUCAAUAACUUUUAUCAAUUUAUACAAAUGACCCCUACUUGAUUGAAAUUAAGAACUUUCGCACCACAAAAAUGGACUCCCCUUUCUAUUCAAUCCAAAAAAACCUGCCCAAAUCAGAAUGUAAUAUCGGGCAUAAUUUGAAUUUAUUUCUGCCCAAUUUAGAAUAAUGUCCGGCCAAAAUAGAAAAUAUCUGACCAUUUCCGAUCCAACCAUUGUAUAUGACAGAAACAUUUUGUUAAGACAACACACUCACAAAG